CUACAAAAUAACCACAGGAGUUCGGCGUAUUUCCUACGAUCGAACAGGAUUUCGGUCUCACCCCAAAGACGCAAYAACGAAAAGAAUCAUAGCGAUGGCAAAGAAAAAGAAAUCUGCUUCUGCAGAAGCCGAUUCCACCUCUCAAAACCCGACGGUUGACGCACUAAAAGAAACGCUCAAGAAAGUAGAAGCUUCGUUGCUGCCAGCCGUGGACUCGUUUUGUGGUAGAUCGGAGAAAAGCGACGAUGGUGUCGAGCCGCCCCUGCCGUCCACGAAAGGCCUCGAUUUUAUCCAUGUCAAGAACACUCUUCUCCUGUCCUACCUGAUCGAAUUGACGGUCCAUCUUCGAGAUGCUGUUGUGGAWUCAUCCGRUGGAGAGAGCAAGGAAGAGGAUAGCAACGACGAGGGUGAGGAUUCGGACAAAAAACAGCAGCAAMAGCGACAAAGACGUAGAUUGCUCGAGAUGAGAACCGUCCUGGACAAAUCCCGUGGCCUAGACAAAAAGCUUCGYUACCAAAUCGACAAGUUGCUGGCGUCUCUGACGGAUUCUUCGGCAUUUGCUACGGGUGUUGGYAACGAYGGCGACCAAAGCGACGACGAAGGGGGCGUUGGCUUUGGAGACGACGGCCAGGAUGAUCCCCUGAGGCACCGGCCCGAUCCGAAAUCCAUGYUGGAUUCCGACGAAGGUGACGAUAGUGGCGAUGAUGACGAAGGUGACGAUAGUGGCGACGGAGGUGAAGAUUCCGACGAUAGUGSCGACGGCAUGGACGAAGACGACGAUCUAGCAGCGGCUAGAGCAACGCUUUCCAUGUCAAGGCAGGGCAAGUCGAAGAAGAAGAAUAAAAAAGACGAGGACGAUGGCGAUGAGGACGAUGACGACGAGGAGGAGUACGGCGCUGCUAGCAAGAAAUAUGUUGCUCCGCGAUUGACCGCCGUUCCAUACACACACGACGUUGCAGACAAGCGAUUGGAGAAGGAAAAGCGACAGAGACGAAAGCUCCGCGCGACGGAGCUGGCCCAGACACUGCGCCAGCAGUACGGAGACCAACCCGAGACGGAAGACGUCUUUGGCGGCGGCAAUUCCGAAGUCUACGGAAAGCAACGCGCGGCCUCUAGGGCCCUGGCACAAAAGGAAGCCGAACGAAUCGAAUUCGAGGAGUCGACCAUGAUCCGUCUCACGACGUCUCGAAAGGACAAGAAAGAAAAGAAGCGGGUCGAGCGAAUGAUGGAAGGCGGMGCCAACCUUGCACAAAUCGCCAACCUGGGAAAUCUUGUGCGAGAAACGGAAGCUUUCGGGAGGGACGAUGCUGUGAACAGCGACGACGAUCGUCACAGGGAAGAGGCUUAUGAUGCCUACCUGAGAGGAGACCAGGGCGGUCGCAAGAGUGCCGAGGAUACCGGAAGUAGGUAUGCAAACGGAAAACGACGACGAGAUCCAAUGGGUGAGAAUAUUUCCGACGGUGCCGGAAGGCGGCUCAAGAUGGGCAAAAAACCCAAGGCCAAAAACCAUCUCCAGGCAGCACUGUACGGAUCCAGCGGGAAACCAUCGAAGGGCAAGAAGAAGAGCAGGCGAUGAAAGGUCCGAAGCACYUCAAAGCG